ACCUUAAAAUUAGGGCAUUUUGAAUGAAAAUGGGUAGUCUCUUGUUGAGAUGAUGGAAAGGAGUAGAGCAAAACGCAGUGUCAUUGAGAUUUCCUCUUCUUCCGAACAAGAAAAUGGCGACGAAGAAGAAGAAGGAGAAAGUUCAGAAGAAUCAGUACAAUUAUUAGAAUCGGAUGACGAUUUUGAUGCCGCUAGUAAAGAUGAUUUUGACUCCUCCGCCUCAAGCGAGAGCAACGGUGAUUCCGAAGAUGAGGAGGAAGAGGAGUCUUCCGGGUCUCAAGAACAUGAUGAUGAGGAUAUCCAAGAGGAAGGUGAGGAAUUGAGUAGCGAUAGAGUGCUUCGGCUUCUCCAAGGUGGUGGAGAAUUGAGGAAGCUAAGGGCAGGAUUGGGGAAGCUCACGUUGAUGGACUAUAAAGCAUAUUUGCGAUCAAAUGGGUUGAGGUUAUCAGGUACAAAAGAAGAAAGUAUACAGAGGAUCAUAGAGCACUGGAGGAUUAAAGAUGGAAAUGGUCAAAGACAAUAUCCCAGAUCAUCUUUUACCAUAAACUGCACCGGUGACGUAUGUAAAGGAGACGUUGUAUUAUUCAAACAGAAAGUGUACAACAAUUUUGACAAGAUGGCAAGGGGUGGAGAACAAUUAGGGAAGAGAACCAUUGCUGGUAGGAUUGUCAAGGAGAGCUAUGGCUCUGCCAAACAGCAGCAUACCUUUACGGUUGAGGUGUUAUGGAGCGUAGGGGUUAAACAAUUACCUCCACUUUUUCCAUUGCUUGUGAAGGGACGAAACCUUUAUAAAUUGAACACUUUCAGACAGAAAUGGAAGGAUGAAGAGGAAAGACUAGAAGUGCUCGCAGAGAAGCACAAACGUGGAGAUGCAGCAAGAUUUAUUAGAGCAACAAGAAAAUCAAAAUCAACAAAGCCGACAAAAGCAUCCUCUAAAAAUAAAGGUAACAAGCGCCAGAAACUUGAUCAUCAUAGGAGGCCAAGCGAAAUGAUGCGGACAAGCAAUGUAAAGAAACAUUAUUAUUCUAUUGAUGAACGUGGGAAAGCAAUGGCAGGAAGUAAAAGAACGAAAAACCACCAGCGAAAGCCUCAUCCACCAGGAAGAUUAAAUUUGGCAGAGUCCAGAAACAGUAGACCCCCUAUGAGGAAUCCAAACUUUGUGCCUGCCAUUAGGGAGACCUCAUUGCAGUUCAAUUAUCCUCCAGCAAAUAAUUUCCGCCAUUUUGAAUCAGAUUCUUACAGCCAAAGAGUACCAUAUUCUUAUUCAUCUUACUGGGGUUCAGCGCCCAGAUCACAUUUAAGCUCUUACUCCUCUUAUACUUUGCCUGCUCCAGAAUAUCAGCAAUAUGGUCAUGGAAGUAAUCCAAAUUCUUCAUACACUAGGUAUGUAUCUCAGUCUAGCAAUUAUCCGCAUUACCCUGGCAUGGUGGGUACUCAUGGAUCAUCUAGCUCAUUCCCAUUUGUAAACUAUGAACGUAGAUGGAACCUUUAGCUUUUUGUCUCUCUCUUGCUCUGGCUUGUGCUCUGCACACAGCAGCAGCAAGGGGUUUACAUAAACAAAAUAGUGCAAGGGGUCUUAAACUGGCAUUUGGAACAUUGCCUUUUUAGUAAAUGUCGAAUUUCAAAUAUAUGUACAGCAAUCUGCAGAAGUGUUGUCUUCAAUUG